UCAAUACCAAUACGAGAAAAGCAUCUGUCCGGCUGUCCUCGUUUUCCUUUGUCGACUUUCCUGUCAGAGACGGAUGCAAUGGGCAGCAGCAGAAACAAGCUCAAAGACACUUAACAGAGCACUGCUUACCACAAGCAUCACAACGACGUGAACGACGCGCACAUCAAUCAGUCGAUCCUCCAAGAGCGAAAAUGGAGAAUAUGGUGGGGCUUCCGCCUAGUUACUCCUGGUCCCCACCCGCGACCGGAGAUCAGUGCCAAUCACAAGCCCAAGCACAGCUGCCACGACCCAAGGGGCCAUGGAAAUGGCUACAAUGGUUCCGGAAGAAAAGGCUAUCAACAGAGGGAAAGGUGGUUCAAGGCUCAAGUUGCAAGACCAAGCAAAGCAUCAUGGGGAGAUUUGGGUUCCUUCGAAAGUCAAGCGACAAGGACAAACCAGACAAAAGCUCCGAUCCCUCGAGUUCAAACCCUUAUCUCCAACAGCAAUCGCCUUCUCAAUACGAUGGCAACCAGUACUACGCCGAAAACUCGCAGCGUAAUGCCGGGCCGCCGGGCGGAUCCCGCGUGGGCUUGCCGUCCAGUGUCCGCCCUAGUGGCCUUCCGAAUAGAAUGAUAGGCCCCGAAAGCCGCAGUGACACAUUUGGCAGCAACAAGACUGCUCCUCCGCCUUAUCGGGAAGACAGCCCUUCGCCUCCCGUCUAUUCAACGGGAGGCAGCAGUCCUGCCCCUGGUUUCAACUCGGUUAACCCUUCGAUGGGAUCUGGGUAUCCGAGAGACAAGUUCGGAGCUGCAGACGGCUUCGGAGGCCAGAGAUACGGCAGCACCGAGGCGCAAAACAGCCAGUUCUCCUCACGCCCUGCUGCCGCUGGAGGCGGAUACGGCGGGCUGAGUGGUUCCACUGGGGGUUCAUUUGCCAAUUACGAUGGCUUCAAUUCUACGGUUCCCUCAUCCGGACUUCCAGCAAACAUGGAGGAAAUGACCGAGGAAGAGAGAGAGGAAGCUAAAGUCCAGAUGACCAAGAAUGCGAUUGUCGACGAGUUGCGUGCCACUUUAAACACUGGCGAGCGCACUGAAGCCAAAUUUGAUGACGGCAUUGCUAUGCUCGGCAGCUUGACCAAGACGCUGUUGGAGCAAGGAGAUAGCUUACAGCACACCAAAAAGAGUCUUGUAGCAUCACAGGGCGAGGCUGGCAUAAGCCAGCUUAACAUGGCCGACCUGGAGAUCGCCAAGAAGAGCAUUGCGAAUCCCGCGAGCUGGAUACAGAACAGCAGCUCCCGUACUGCAGCGCGGGAACAAAAGAAGAAGAUGGUGCAGCUACAAAAUGAGCAGAGGUUGGAGCAAUUGGAUCGGGAUGAAGUCCAGUCGAGGCAGAAUCUCGAGAAACUGAAUCAGCUCCUCGAGCAAGGGACGCGACAAAAACCACUUCUUGGUUCCAAUAAGCAGAAGAACCAUUCCGCUUUUGAGUUCGAGGACGACACCGGCGAACAGAGGGAGUUGAACGAACAGAUUGACGCACUAGUACCCAGGUUGGAACAAAAGGCUCGCGUCCUUAACCAAAUUGCCGUUCUCCAACGCGGGGUGAUCGAUCAACAGCUUGUGGAAGUUUCAUCCAUGACGGAACUUGCUGAUACUGCUCGGGACAGUAUCGCGCGAAACCAGCAGCGAAUGGACACCAAGUUUGGGCGGUAUCGGUGAUCAUCUUUUCCUCGCCUAUUCAAUGCAUGUCUUUAUUCCCAGGUUCAUUACGGUAUUGGCUCUGAUAUCAGCCUCA